AUGGCACAUGUAUUUCCCGAAAGGUUCAGGAAAUUUUUGACCGAAUGGAAGAUCCCUGCAAUGGUUCUGUUUAGCCUCGUGUUACGAAGCGUCUUGAUCCUGAUGGGAAGCAGGAGAAAAUACUCGACAAAAAUCUGGCUCAGAUUCAUCCCAUGGCUAGCUUACUUGCUAGCAGACUGGGUAGCCGCACUCUCACUGAGCUUAAUUUCCAAUUUCAGAGACGACGAUUCGAGAAACCCAAAGUACAGUAUAAGAGCGUUUUGGGCGCCUUUCCUUCUUCUUCACCUCGGUGGCCAAGACACCAUCACUGCGUAUUCCUUGGAGGACAACGAAUUAUGGUGGAGAAACACUGUGAUUCAUGGUGGACAGGUGGUAGUUGCUUCCUAUAUCUUACUUAAUGCCUGGUCUAGUAAUGAGCUCAACUUUCUGUCUAUUCCCAUUUUUUUUGCUGGGAUCGUUAAGCUCGGAGAGCGGAUCCGGUCUUUGAUGUGUGCGAGCAGCGAACAUUUUAGGAAGUCCUUGUUGCCUUCCCCAGAUCCAGGCCCCAAUUACGCCAGGUACAUGGACGAAUAUAGCUCAAAGAAAGCCGAGGGAUUCAUGGUCUUUCCUGCGAGAAUCAACGAAGCUCCAACUAUUGGUCAUUACCUUCACUCUGUCCCAGCAAACACCUUUAUCCCAUAUGCUGCCAACUUGCAAGAUGCCUACUACUUCUUGCAGAUUUUCAAGCGCCUUUUCGCAGACCUCAUCCUCAGCGGACACGACAUCGUCAACAGCCAAUUGUUCUUCCAGAACAGACCCUGUGAGGAAGUUUUCAGAGUCAUAGAGAUUGAGCUCGGAUUCAUGUAUGACUUGUUCUACACAAAAGCGGUUGUUAUUUACUCCGUCAUAGGCGGGAUUCUCCGUUUUCUUAGCUUCUCCUUUGUCGUCGCUGUGCUAAUGGGCUUUUCCAUCAUUAGGAAACGAGAUUACUCACCAGCAGAUGUAAUCGUCACGUUUAUAUUGCUCGCUGGAGCAAUCGUCCAUGAGAUAGUCGCUCUUUGUUUGCUACUCCGCUCGGACUGGACAAUGCUUUGGCUCACAAAGCAAAAGAACAGAGCCGCGAAUCUCCUAUACAAAGCCAUUUCUUUAAUUCCACCGCUUAAAAAGAAGAGGUGCUCUAAUAAGAUUGCACAGUACAAUCUGAUAAGAGUUUGUCUCAAAGACAAGCCUCCAAAGUGCAGUCCUCUCGAGAAGGUACACUGCUUUUACGACGACUUUAAACAGAACUACUUUCACAAGAGUCUUGGCAUUCCUAAGGAGUUGAAAGAAAUAAUCUUUAAGCGGCUCCUUCAAAAAUCAACGAGUGCCUUGGAUUUUAGCACUUGCAAGAAGUUAUGUUCUGAGAGAGGCCGUUGGGUUCUUCAGGAAGAGAGAUGUCUUGACAAGCUCUGCUGGAGCAUUGAGUCUGCCGAAUUUGAUCAAAGCAUUCUACUCUGGCAUAUUGCAACAGAUUUAUGCUAUUAUUCUGAUCUCUAUGAAAUCUCAAGCAAUUCUGAACUCAAAAGAAACUCAAACCCCGACCGUCAUCAUAUUUCUAAAGAUAUCAGCAAGUUGUUGUCGGAGUAUAUGUUGCACAUUCUAGUCAUGCGCCCCUUCAUGCUGCCCAACGGGAUAGGACAAAUCAGGUUCCAAGACACUUGUGCCGAGGCCAUUGAAUUCUUUAAAGAAAGAAGAUCCACAGCCAGUGCGAAGAAGGCAGCUUGCGAAGCAUUGCUCAGAGUGAGCACCGAAAUUCCUACAUCUCAAGUGAAAGGAGACAGAAGCAAAUCGGUGCUAUUUGAAGCGUGCAAGCUUGCAAAAGAUUUGCAAUCACUUGAAACAGAACCGAAUUGGAACAAGGAAAAGAAGUGGGAGUUGAUAAGCCAUGUUUGGGUGGAAAUUUUAUCUUAUGCAGCUAGUCAAUGCCAAAGAAAUCAGCACUUACAGCAGCUAAGGCGAGGUGGUGAGCUGCUCACACACGUCUGGCUUCUUAUGGCACAUCUUGGUAUAACUGCACAAUUUCAGAUUUCAGAUGGCCAUGCAAGGACUAAGCUGAUUGUGCAGUGA